GAAAUAGAAAUGGAAGAGCAGCACGAAAUCAUAACUUGCACGCCACCUGAAUUGCGGGAAAUAGCAAACAGUACCGUAGAUAAUUUGCUUCCGCAGAAAUCGAAACUAAAAUAUGAAAAGGAAUACCUUAAAUUUGACCAGUGGUGUAAAGAAAAUAAAGCCCAACACAUUUCGGAGAAUGUUUUAUUAGCAUAUUUUGAAUUACAAACUCAUUUGAAAAAGCCAUCGUCAUUAUGGUCAAUGUACUCGAUGCUACGAUCCUACCUAAAUGUGCAUAAAAAUGUAGAUAUAUCAAGAUACGUCAAGUUACAAGCACUGCUAAAAAGAUUUUCGCAAGGCUAUGAGCCAAAAAAAUCAAAAAUUUUAGAUUUAGAGCAAAUUAAUCGAUUUAUUCAGGAGGCUGACGACAAGCAUUAUUUAGAUACAAAAGUUAUUUUAAUAAUGGGCUACAGUGGGGCAUGCAGACGCGAGGAGCUGACUAAUAUGGCACUGGGCGACAUCCAAUAUAAAAAUGAUAUUGUUGUUGUAUCGGUGCCUAAAACAAAAACAAUGUAA